UUUAAACAAAAAAACUGAUAAUCAAAUUCUGGCCUCUCUGAUAUAAAUGAAGAGAAUAGCUUAUUAAUAUUCAAGCAAAAAUAAUAUUUGUUUAGUUUCAACGCGGUCGUGAGUGGAUAGAGCAAAGACAAAGAAUGGGGCUGAAAGGAAGUAUAGCAAUAAUUUUAGGCUCCUUGCUGCUAUGCCUGUCCGAAACAUUAGCAGAUUCCCAAGAUUCGCUAAAAUUCCAUUCGAGUUUGGAGAAUUUUAGUAAAGAUAUUUUCUCGGAAAUCUAUCAAAAGAACAGCGAUAAAAGCAUUAUAUUUUCACCAUUUUCAAUUCAAACCUGUUUGGCUAUGGUGCGAAUGGGAGCUGAUGGUGAAACCGCAGCCGAGAUGGAUGAUGGCCUCAGUUUGACAGGUCAACCGGUGGAAAAGGUAGUCGACAAUUAUCACACAAUUCUAUCGAAAUAUGAUGAUGGAAAAACCCUGAAAAUUGCCAAUAAAAUCUAUGUGGCCAAAGACUAUGAUCUGAAAGAUACCUACAAUAAUGUUUUGACCAAUAAUUUUUACUCAGCGGUGGAAAAUGUAGACUUCGGUCAAGGUGCAAAAACAGCCAAAUUAAUGAAUUCUUGGGUUGAAUCGAAAACUGAUAACACUAUCCAUGAUAUUGUUAGCCCGACAUCACUUACCACCGAUACACGUCUUGUGCUCUUGAGUGCCAUUUAUUUCAAGGGCAACUGGGAGAAACCAUUCGAUUUGAAAUACACCGAAGAGGAAGACUUCUAUAUCGAUGAUAAGAAUACCGUUAAAGUCCAGAUGAUGUUCAAAUCCGGAAUGAUGUCUGCCAAGGAAAUUUCUGAAUUGGACGCCACUGCCAUUCGUUUGCCUUACAGAGAUUGUGAUCUUUCCAUGGUGAUUAUAUUACCCAAUGAACGCAAUGGUUUGCCUGAUUUGGUGGAGAAAUUGAAAACAUUUUCAUUGGCAUCACUGGCCGGCCAAGGUCUGAGGAGAAGAGGGGUGCGCCUUUUCUUGCCCAAAUUUAAGGCAGAAUUUGAAGUGGUUCUUAAUGAGCCUUUGAAAAAGCUGGGCAUGAAGCAAAUGUUCUCUCAGGCCAAUUUGAGUAAUAUGCUGCAAGGAAUUGAACCACUUCAGGUCUCGGAUGUUGUCCACAAAGCCUUCAUUGAUGUCAAUGAAGUGGGCACCACUGCCGCUGGAGUUACAAAAAUUGGAAUUAUGACCCGCACCAGACCUUUGGAUUUCCGAGCCAAUCAUCCAUUCUACUAUGCCAUAGUGAAUGAGAAUUCAGUUCCCCUCUUCCAGGGAACUUUUGUGGGAAAAUAAAAUGUUUAUGUUGUUCAAAAUUAAAUCAAUUAAAUAUGUUAUCAGAACAUAAGACUGAUA